AUGGCUCCAACAAUUCUGCCCCUGGCAACUUUAUUUUUAGCUUUCUCCGCUUCUUUUCUCCGGAUCGGUGAAGCGGAAACAGAUCAACUCACUGCACUCAAGCUUAAUUCUCAUAUUCUUCAGGAGUCAAUCGCUAGAGAAGUUAACGAACACCCAGGGGCAGGAUGGAAGGCUGCUAUUAAUCCUCGUUUCUCCAAUUCUACGGUUGGACAAUUUAAACGCCUUCUUGGAGUCAAACAAACACCUAAGAACCUACUUAAUAGUAUACCUGUUGUAACUCAUCCAAAAUCAUCAAACUUGCCAAAGGAGUUUGAUGCAAGGACAGCUUGGCCUCAGUGUAGCACUAUUGGAAGAAUUCUAGGUAACCCAAUCGCUUCUUCUCCUUACUUUUUAAAAUAUAAUGAAAUAAUGCAUUUUGCAAUUGGCGCUGACUCUUCUUUUUGCUUAUUGAUAAUAACAUUGAUUGCUGAACCAAUUUCCUCACUGAAGAUCAGGUAA